CGCGACUCGCGCCACGCCAUCUGAGAAUCGAACACUCGAGGUCGAACCCCUCGUCCGUUCACAACCAUGGCGUCGCUCACGUGCGUCAACGCGAUGGUCGCGUCCAAGGCGCGAUUCGUCGGGGGUGCGCGCGUGUCCGCGAAAUCGAGCAUCACCCGCGUCGGUGGGCUGAAAGCGAAGGCGAGCGUCUCCAUGCGCGUCACGGGCGGCAGGCAGGGUCUCAGCGUCCGCGCCGCGGGUCUGGACUUCGCGGAGCUCGAGACCGCGGCCUCGCAGGACGAGGAUGACGACGCCGAUUGGGUUGCCCCCGUGCGCGCCACGCGCAAGGACGGCAAGAGCGCCAAGGAGGCGAGAAUGUCCAAGCGCUUCCUCAAGGCGUUGAAGAGCGUCCCCGGGCGCCUCAACCCGGUCUCCCCCGAGGAGGGCAUCAAGCUCAUGAUGGACAACGCCACGGCGAAGUUCGUCGAGUCCGCGGAGGCGCACGUUAGGCUGAACAUCGACCCGAAAUACAACGACCAGCAGCUCCGCGCGACGGUCGCGCUGCCGAAGGGCACCGGGAAGACCGUGCGCGUCGCGGUGCUGUGCCAGGGCGAUAACAUAGCCGCGGCGAAAGCCGCGGGGGCGGAUUUCGCGGGCGCGGACGAUCUCGUCGAGGACAUCGCCGGCGGGAUGCUCGACUUUGACCUUCUCAUCGCGUCCCCGGACAUGAUGCCGAAGGCGGCGAAGCUCGGCCGCGCGCUCGGCCCGAAGGGUUUGAUGCCGAACCCCAAGGCUGGCACCGUGACCCCCGACGUCGUCACCGCGGUGAACGAGUUCAAGGGGGGCAAGGUUGAGUUCCGGGCGGAUAAGCAAGGGAUCGUGCACGUGCCGUUUGGCAAACUGAACUUCACCGCCGCGGAUCUGCAGGAGAAUCUCGUGGCGAUCGUCGCCGCGAUCAACGCGAACCGCCCGCCGGGGGCUAAGGGGAUCUACUGGAAGAGCUUGUACAUCGCGUCCACGAUGGGGCCGAGCGUGAUGAUCGAUCACACCGCCGUGGAGGCUCAAGUGGGGAAGUAAUUCAUUCAUUGUCGUGUGAGGUGCCGCAGCGGUAGCUCGUAGAGGGUUUAUAUACAUACGUUGAUAUCGACGCACUUUUCUUUUGAC